GCUUGUUUCACAUCAAAGAAAUGAUAUGAACUUUUCUCUUAUGCCACUCCAACCCAGUGCAGUCUCUUUGGUGCAUGAAGCUAAACAUCAUGUUCUCAGAACUGGAUGAGAGUGACUGUGAGGAACUACCAGUUUUCUUUUCUGUAAACAAACCUCCUCCUGAUCCACAAAACUGCUUCCGGCCUUCUCCUGAGAACGAAGUAGUUGUGCUCUUCAGCUCAGAUUCAGAGGAUUCAUUCCUUUGCUCUCCUGCCAGGAAAAAGCCCUAUGGUCCAUGCAAUUCAGUCAAGGUGGCUGCUUCUACAGAUGUGAGACUGCAGCUCAGUAGCGAGAGUGAGGAGGAGGAGGAAAUACUUCUCCCCUUGGCCGAAAGGCUCCAAAGGAAGUUGCUGGUAGCCGGACCCGCGACAACUGCUCGUUCAUUUACUAGGAUCCAAACAAAGAGUGGCCCAGAAUCCACUGAGCUAAACAGGCCCUGUGUCAGUGAUGAAGAAGUGGUGCCUACUUGCUGGCAGGAGCCACUACUUGCUGACUCUGAUCUCCAAGAAAAUGUGGCACCCAUCGCUUGGGAACUGUCAGAGAGCGAUCAGGAGGUAUCUUCAUGGGAUGCUAAGCCACAAUCCUUGCCCCAGCGUCCAGUUUGCAUCCCUGAUAGUAAGAUGCAGGAUGGUACCCACCAAAUAAGCCUGAAGUCCUUUCCUCUUCGGACAAGUACGAGACAGAACCAUCAGGAUUUAGACAAAGCUUUCCAGGCUGCCCUGCAGAAGAGCAAAGAGCAAAGAACUCAGAAGCAGCUGCAAGAGCAAGAGAAACAGAGGAAAGCAGCCUUGGCCCAACUUCGCAAAGCCCAAAGACCAGAGCAAUGUCUGAAACACAUUCAAAUAGUGUUAGACCCAGGUCUCUUACAGAUUAAUGGUGCAGAUGAGAUCCUUGCUGCUUUGCAGUCAACAGAGAGUAACUAUGUGAUCGAGAGCCAAACUGUGCCCUGCAGCAUCACCUGGAGAAGGAAAACUGGCCUAACGCAGGCUGAAGAAGACAGCUGGAUGGAAGAACCCAAUGUCCUAGUGCCAGUGCUGCUCCCAGAUUUCAUUGCAAUGAUUCAUAACGGCAAGCAGGCUAGGAUGGAAGGUCCUACUGAAACACUGCAGAGUUUUGUGGUGGAAAUCACAGAGAAGAUUCCUGGGAAAACGCUGUCAUUGGCAGUAACAGAAUUAGAAAAACACUUCAGUUCUCAGAAACCCAAGUCACAAAAGAAGCUGCAGCAACCAGAGCAAAGUAGCAGCAAGGCACAGGAGGAAGGCAAGCCAAGGAAACGGAAAGAAAAGGAAAUUCCAGUUUCUCAGUUGUCUAGACUGGAUGUGGAAGAAGCUCUGGUCGAGCUGCAGCUUCACACUGGUGUCCAGGUUCAAGUGCUUGCAAGCUGGAAGGAGUUUGGAGAAUUUGCUAGUAUGUUCACCAAGGCUGUGGCUGAAGCCCCAUUCAAAAAGGAAAAAAAUAAAACCAGCUUCUCCUUCUGCCUGGAGGGAGACUGGUGUAGAGGUGUGAAGGUGGAUCGCACUGGAAAGGGACUGCUUCAGGUAUGGAAGAGACAGAUUCAGCAAUUCAACCGAGUCAGCCUGGAGAUGGCCAAUGCCAUUGUAGCCCGGUACCCUUCUCCUCUGCUUCUGAUGCAGGCUUAUGAUAGUCACACUUCAGAGCAUGAGCGACAUAACCUUCUUGCGGAGGUUCCCGUCCGUCGUGGUGAUGGAGUGACGACGACAACGAGGCGAGUUGGUCCAGACCUCUCCAAGAGGAUUUAUUUGCAGAUGAGUUCUCGUAACCCCGACCUUUCCCUGGAUGUUACUGGUUGAGAAAGUAUGGAUUUCUGUAAAACUCAGCUCAAGCAACUUUUAAAAACAUAAAUUACUUCCUCCAAAUUAAACUUUUCUGACGCUACUGCUUGGCUCUCAAUCCGAACUCUUGAUUCUUUUAUCCUGUGGAAAUCUUCAUAAAACUCAUUUACGAAGAUAAACAAUGUAAGAACUGAAGUUCUUUCCCUGUGCAAUAUGUUAUAAAUUUUGGGUCUCUUUUAAAAGGUAAAAAUUAUCUGAAACCUAUGAGCUGAAUGGCUUCCAAUAGUCAAGCAAAAUAUUUCAUUCCUUAACUUAGCAUUAUUUGCUAUUCUUUUAGAAGUAUAUUUGAAGAUAAGACGUGUACACUCCUCAGAAUAUACUAAGUAUAUUUUAUAAAGAAUUCAAUAAACAGCAUUUGUCAGGUAAAAGCUUUUGAACUGCAACUUUGCUAAGUGAUUCUGGAGUGCCUCAUCCAACAUUGACAUAUCUGCAUUACGUGCUCUUUCCUCACUUUAAACCAAGUUACCAAACUACACAUUCUUCCCUCACACACAUUAUUAUUACUCUUGAAAUGGAUGUUAAACUGUGUAGUGUCUCAAUGCAGGAACCUGUACUCUGUAGAAGUCUGUAUACAAGGGAAUUACAAAGAAGCCUGGAGGGUAUAAUUUCUAAAGUGCUAAGUGACACAGGUACCAUUUCAAUGCUCUGGUUCUCAUAGACGUUACAGAAGUUUCUCUAACCAGCAUUUAUGCCCUUAAAUUCCCACCAUUUCAGUCUUAUUAAUACACUUCUCGAAACUUCAAUGGCUUUAGUUUUAUUCUAAAUCAACUGCUUUAGGGCAAAAGGUAAAACAGCUGAACUUCAGGUAGCAAAAGGAACCUUGUAAGAACAGCAGGCAGAAGCUUUGCUAAGUUCAACCAUAAUACAGUUUUCACUUACCCUGUUGAGGCAGCCUGGUCAAAUGUUAUUUGUUCAGUAAUUUACAGAGAUGUAUCUAAUCUAUGGUCCGCUAGCAUCUAAUCUUUGGGUAUACCAUUGAUAGAACUUGCCAAUUUGUUCUUUGGUCUUCAACAAAAUCAAAGAAUGUAGAUGUCUACCAAAAGAUAUUAUUUAGGCAGAUGCAGAAAUACGUAUUUGUUUCUCAAAAGCAAUGUUUCUCAACCUACUAACUUUUAAGAUGUGUGGAUCAAAGUUUCAGGCAUGGCUGGAAGAAUCUGGGAGUUAAAAUCCACAUAUCUUAAAAGUUGCUAGGUUGAGAAAUAUGGUUCUAGAAAGACUUGCAUACAUCCUCAUUUCCGCAGAAGUGUAAAUUAAAUGCUGUAAUAGGUAGGUUUAAGGUUUUGAAUGUGACAUAUAUUUUGAUGUAUAAAUCACAAUGAAGCAACAGAGAAACACUGCCUAAGAGUGCAUGUAACAAGAACUAAGCAGGUACCAGGCAGGUUAGGCUUCUCUAUACUUGGAUGUGAGUCCUCUAGGACAGUGUGUCAAAAUCUCAGCCACUUUUAAGAU